GCCUGUGAAAGCUGGCAACGGCCAGCCCGCUGCGGCCCUGCAAUCCGGGAGGGCCGAGCAGGUUCCGGUCCCCACUCUAGAGACAGACUCUAGAUCACCAUGGCAACUGGACAAAAGUUGAUGAAGGCUAUUCGGGUUCAUGAAUUUGGUGGACCAGAAGUGCUGAAACUGCAGUCGGAUGUCGUUAUACCAGUUCCAAAAGACCGUCAGGUUCUGAUCAAAGUCUAUGCGUGUGGGGUGAAUCCAGUGGAAACCUACAUUCGCUCCGGUACUUACAGUAGGAAACCGGCCUUACCCUAUACCCCUGGCAGCGAUGUGGCCGGGCUAAUAGAAUCUGUAGGAGAUCAUGUAUCUACUUUCAAGAAAGGUGACAGAGUUUUCAGCACCCGCACCGUCUCCGGGGGCUACGCCGAGUAUGCUCUCGCCGAUGAUCACACUGUUCACACGCUCCCAGAGGAUCUGGACUUCAAACAAGGAGCCGCCAUAGGUAUCCCAUACUUCACUGCUUACCGAGCUUUGCUUCACAGUGCCCAUGGGAAAGCUGGAGAAAGUGUUCUGGUUCAUGGGGCAAGUGGAGGAGUUGGAUUAGCAACAUGCCAAAUUGCUAGAGCUUAUGGCUUAACGGUUUUGGGCACAGCUGGUACUGAGGAGGGACAAAACAUUGUCUUGGAAAAUGGAGCCCAUGAGGUGUUUAAUCACAGAGAACUUCAUUAUAUUGAUAAAAUCCAGAAAUCUCUUGGUGGAAAAGGCGUUGAUGUGAUUAUUGAAAUGUUAGCUAAUGUAAAUCUUAGUAAUGACUUGAAACUUCUGUCUUCUGGAGGACGAGUAAUAAUUGUUGGCAGCAGAGGCCCUAUUGAAAUAAACCCACGGGACAUCAUGGCAAAGGAGUCUAGUAUAAUUGGAGUUUCUCUCUUUUCAUCCACCAAGGAAGAAUUUCGGCACUAUGCAAAAGCCCUUCAAGAUGGAAUAAAAGCUGGUUGGUUGAAACCUGUAAUAGGAUCCCAGUAUCCCUUGGAGAAGGUGGCUCAGGCCCAUGAAAAUAUCAUUCACGGCAGUGGGACUCUUGGGAAAAUGAUCCUUCUCUUGCGAUGAUUAAUGCUGUCACAGACUUUCUGAGUAAUUAGGAGGGUUUUUUUCCCUCAGUAUUAUAAAUACUGCCUUUAAUUAACAUUCAUUUGAUUCUGUAAAUUUCAUACAUUAAAAAAAACAAGGUUUCUCUGUAGGGAGCAGAGACAAUGCAGUAAAAUUUAUUUCAUAGCUGACAACAUUUUCAUGCCUCAUCUCUCACUCAGGUCCAGGGGUCUCCAAAGGAGGAAGUGGCAUAAUGGCCAUGUGGCUUUGGGCUGCAUCUCAGAAAUUCUAACUUGACUAAUUCUGAAUCUUUGACUAAAAUGUGGUAAUUCAAAAUUAGACUGUUAGAUUUCUGAACUUACUUUAUUUAUGAGUCACUAAUCAACAAGACAGCCCAGAACUGUCUGAUUCAAGAGUUUUUGGACUGAAAAAGCAAACAAGCAUACAAACAAAGUCCUUUUAUGAAUAACUAAUCUCAUCUAAAUCCAUAAAUCUCGUGUAAGGACAGAAAUAAACAAUAUCCAAAGAAAAUUGUUAGCUUUCCUAAUACUUCCCAAAUACUAGAAUAUUCUCUGCAUUACUGAUUGAUCAUGUGUGCUAUAAGGGCUUCCUUAUCUUUACCUUGUGAUUCAGACAGAUAAUUCUUGAUUGAUUUGAUUUCCAGAAUACCUUUAGAAUUACCUACUUGGGUGAAACUUAAAUUACUUAAAUUAAUGAGCUUAUAAACCUAGCAUACUGAGAAGAGUCUGAAUUUGUUUUUAUAACAUGAUAAUCUAUCAUAAAGCCUAUAGAAAAUGAAAUCUUGUGUUUGACUUAUCUGUCUUUGUCAUUUCUACCUUCCGUCACUGCUUCCCAGUUCCUAAUGGCUACUUGCUAAUGGUGUUCCCUGUAGGAAGCUAUGUAAAAGGGUAACCUUUUAGACAUCUUAUCACCAACAGUAUGUCCAGUAAAUUCGUU